GCGGUGAGCAGACGACAGACGAUGAUCGCUCCACUACACAGUUUGAAAUUCAAUGGAGAGAGAUGUUUCCCUGCUGAACCACAACGUACCCAAUGUCUUUUCUUUGGAAAUAAUAUAUAAACGGAUUUUUUAUUGAGGAAAGCUGUUGAAAAACAGUUGGAUUAUUUGUGUGUUUAUUUUGUUUAGUCGCUCAUCAUCAUCAGCAGGCGACAGAUUUCAAAGGUUGUCAUUGGAUGAGGUUAGAGACAUGUGACUGGAUGCGUAGGACUUUUUAUUCCUGGGAACUUGAAGUUUGCCAUGGAAAGCAAUCUAAAGCCUUUGCCGUCAAAUCAAAAAUAUGUUAACGUUAUACUCUUAGAUGGUGAACAAUCAAUCAUUGCUGUCGAGGUAAAAUGGAAAGUACAGGAUUUAUUUGACCAAGUCUGCAUGCUUGUUGGAUUUAAAGAUGACCAACUCUUUGGAUUGUCAAUAGCACGUCAAGAGUCAACUUGUGUUGAAUAUGAGUUUCUGGAACCGAAGAACAAGAUUUCCAAGUAUGCACCAAAGGGAUGGAAGACAGACUCGGGCAGUGGUCUGGACAAGUCUGGGAAGCCGAUUCUUCAAGUGUGGUUUCGUGUGCAAUUGUAUGUAGAGCAUGUGUCACUGUUAAAGGAUGAUGCAACGCGUCACCAUUACUACCUGCAGUUAAAGCAGAAUAUUUUAUCAGCACCUGUACUGUUCCGCGAAGAAGCCUGCUUUGUUCUUGCAUCUUAUGCACUACAGGCUGACCUGGGCAAUUACUCAGAUGAACUCCACAAGGCUCAUUACUUUGAUCCAUACAAAUAUUUUCCAGAAUGGGUAAUUAGAAGGCGAGGGCAGUCUUACAUUUUGAAACAUGUUCCCAUGAUGCAUCGUGAUCAACGGGGGACGACCAAAGUAUACGCGCAGAAAGCCUUCAUUCGAGAAGCGUCUACAACAAUAGAGCAUACAAUGCACCUAUAUCGGCUAAAAAAGGUGAAGACUGAAGAGACUCCAUCGAUUUGGCUUGGUAUUUGUACUCGGGGCAUUCAACUCUACGAGGAUUCUGGUGAGGGAAAAUACUUGCUAUGCGAAUAUGCCUGGAAUAUCAUUAAACGUCUUGUUUUCCAAAAAAAGAAAUUUGAACUUCAAGUUGAAGGAGUAUCUGAUGGAAGGAAAAUUAAUUACUACACCGGAAAUGAAGCCAAAUCAAAACAUCUCUUGAGACUAUGCAAAUUAACUCAUGCUUUUCAAAUGAAGACGCAACCAAUUGUUGACCGUGCCAGAAAAAGGGAAAACAUACAAGAAAAAAAGCGCUACCGUGAAUCGUACAUCAGUACGGAUGUUUCGUGGUCUGAUUUAGAUAGCUCCAUGACGAUUUCAUUUACCGACGUCUCAAACAAGAAGGAGUUGCAACGCCGGUCAGUAGUCAGUCACGGUAGCUCUGCCACAACCUCUGGUAUUGUUUCAGAUGAACGACCUCAAAUGGAGAAGAGUUUAAGCGAAGCUGAAAAUGAGGCUGAUGAUCUGGCUUAUGUGCUGGAUGGCGAUUUGACGAAAAAGGCCAGAGCAGCAAUGUCGCCCACUGGAUUAUCACAGCUCGACAACACACUCACACGCAGGGAGGCCGGCCAAGGUAACAACAGUUACCCCCUGUCAACCCCAGAUGUCCCUGUGCAGCAUGGUGUAAGCAACUCGGUGAUGUCAAAUAAUUAUAAUUCUCUUGGAGGGUUCAGAAGUUCAGCUAGUGAUUCUGAUGAUGAGGAUGAUGAACCAGAAGAUCGCCGUUGUACUCACAGAAAAGAACACACCAAAGACCGAAGGAGGGCUUCUCCACAAUCAGGACCACUCCAGAUAGUUGAUCCCAGAAAGAUUCAAGAGGAGAUUCAGGGUAAAGUGGCAGCCGCGCCAUUUCUAAAUGCACUUUGUAAUGAUCGCACAUUGCUACUGAUGCAAAUCCAGCAGCGUGGAGAAUCUUACGAUAAUCUUGCUGGUAAUGAGUUAUACCGCACGGAAUCGGAUCCGUGCCGAACGCCAAGCAGUCAGAGUUCAGGAAGAGAUGGUACAGUGAGUGCAGAUCCAAAUGACAUCAACACAUCUUUGACGACACUUGUAAGCCACAGUUCUAUUGAUUCCGAUGUUCAUAAGUUGCAUUCUAUGCACAAUAGCUCAAGUUUAUUAGCGUCGCAAAGUUUAGCGAAGCAUCAGACAGUGUCUGGUUUGAACUCGCUACCAGAUCAGUCACUAUCACGUUUCGAUGCCAGAUAUGAUCUCCAAAGGCAAGCCAACAAUCGAUUAAAAUGUCAGACUCUGCCGAGCAAAAUGACGGCUAGUGAACAAAUGCUGCUUCUUGGGGGUUCUGGGGUAAUCAAGGAGGAAUGUGUGUCGUACUCCGCACCUAAUCUGUCCCCAGGGGCACAGGUAGCUAUACCGGGAUGUUCUUGAGUGGCAUGGUAAAGAAUCUACAAAAUUAAAUAAACCAUAUAUUAUAUACUACAGUCUAUAAAAAUGUUAACAUAUAGCUGUUAAGUAAAGGUGUAUAGAGGAAGCUGCACUGCAUUUAGGAGACUCGCUCUGGUGGAUCUGCGGCUCUAGAAACAAUCUUCACGUAGGCUGCGUCGUAACAGUGGCACCCUCUAAAGAUUUUCACAAUCUGUUGUAAUGUCCAUAAUAUUGUGUGUGCUUGAAAUAUAUCUAUCAGGAUUCCUAUGCAAUACUAAUCAUUUCAGCUUAUAGGAUUUACUAUUGGGAAGACAAAUCUCAAAUGAAAAAUUUUGUUGUGAUCUAAAGUAUAAGUUUAGAUUUAGAUGUAUGUAAAUUCAUAUCGUAAUCGUUUCUGUUUGCUAAAAUUUAGCAACAUAAACAGAAUAUUACUUAACCAAAAUCAUCAACAUUAUGAAAUUCCAACAUUACACAAUAUCUCAGAUAUGCAUGGUCUCUCAUUGUGAGUUGAACUUUGACCCCUUGAUAUCUGUUUUUGAUACGAUAAUUCCACACCUUGAUUCAUAGCAGUACAGUAAUAUUUUACUGGAUGCAAGAUUGCGUAUAAGUUUGAGUUUUUAGUGACUUGAGUGCAUAGUAAAAGUAUGAAUGCUCAACUUUAAUGCUUCUGAGAUGUGGAGUACAAGUCUAAAAUGAACAUACUCGAGUGUAAAAUAUAACUAUGUAUACUCGAUAUAUAAGAGUUACUUAAGUGGCAGAGUAUGUACAGUAUAAACAUUCAAUAUGAGUACUACUUGAAUGCAGAGUGUAUGAGUGCUCAAUUAAUUGUAAUGCUAUUUAAUGCAGAGUAUAAGUAUGAAUACUCAAUAUGAGUGCUGCUUGAGAACAGAUUAUAAGUGUGAGUGCUCAAUUUUUUUAAUAUCAUAAUCAUUAUUACCAUCAGACCCAUUCCAAACUCAAAAUGCUGCAGAUAUAUAGACACUCACAACAUUCAUAUUUUUGUCUGCCUCAAUAAAUAUAAAUGUUCACAAUACAUUAGGACAGGUGUUACCAUUUAUCCAGACAUAUUUGUAUGUGACAUUUCUGAUUAACAUAAAGCAUUGUCACUAUACACAUGCAUUUGAUACUUGCAUACAGGUGUUGUAUGAUACUGUAGUUGAUGAUAACUUGAAUUAUCUAGGUCUAAAAUCAAUCAGAUUUUUUUUCCAUCGGAAUGUUUAUUGGCUAGUGAAAUGUACUUUAUUGCUAACAGCACCUUGUGUACAUAAUGAGACAUAAAAAAAAAAAUAACAUUCUAUGAAAAGGAUUUAAACUUCCAUGUUUAUUGGUAUUCUAAUAAUAUACCAAAAUGCCAUAUUUUGCUAUUGGAAAUAAAUAAAAGAUAAUUCCAGUUACAUUAAUACCAAAAAUAAUGGUUUUGAUAACUACUUGUAUUUUUAGACCGAUUUUUACUGGUAAGCUUCAUACCAUUUUAAUUAUAAAGUGUAACUAUAUUAAGAAUGCUAUUUUCAUAUUUGAUUUUUUUUUAAGGAUAUAAUCUGGUUUGUGAAAAUCUUUAUAAGUCUACUAUUCCUCCAGUGAUAAGAGGAAAAAAAAAACCUUUGAUACAUGUUACUAUAGACUUAUUUAUACAAACGCAUUAAUUCUGAAAUUUGUAUGUAAAAUAUAUUGAUAUAUUGCUUAUAUUUACCCCUUUAAAUGUAAAAUGUAUGCAUUUCAAAUUCUAUUACAAGCAUCUCUUCUGUCUCAAAUAAAUGUACAAUAAACAACUCAUUUCUAACUUUGUACACUGCACACAUUAGGCCUACAUUAUGGUCCAUCAGUCACAUUUCUGAACAUACCAUUUCAUCUCAUUCCAUUUCAAUACCAUUUAAAAAAAUUUGUAUUAGUAAUGAUAAUGGAAAACAAUUACAAAAUUGUAAAGCUAGGUAUUAUUGACAAUAAAUAUUAUGUCUUGGUUUUUUUUUUUCAACUAUGAUAUAAAUUACACUUCUAUUUUGAUAUAAUGACAAACGCUAUUGUGUAGCUAUUUUUAUGUUAUGAUUAUAAUCAAAGUAUUAUUAUUUAUUUAUUAGAAUGUAUAAUUAUUAUGUAACCACUUAAGCAUUAUUUUGCUAACAUCUCAGGCAUCACUUAGAUUUUCAAGUUUUUGUUUUAAAGAGGUCGGAAUAGCUGAUGGCCACAGAUAAAUCAGAGGUCCUUUUGUAAAGCCAAUUUGAUCCCAAAGUCUGUGUUUGUUAUCUGAUUACUGUACUUGUUUGUGCCUUGCUAGAAUGCUUUUGUAUUCAACCUUGUGGAUUCGCAACAGCAGGAUGCCUUUGAACUUUUUUUUACCAUGAGGCCAAAUAAAAAAAAAAUGUGUUUGUCAACAGAGAUUUUUUUUCAUUACAACACACAGGGUCUCGGCAUUUUGUAACCUUGAUGUUUCGUAAGUCUGCCACACAGACAUUUUGCAACCUAGACAUUUCAAAACUUGAAAUGCUUGGUGUGCAAAAUGUCCAGUUGCCUGUAAUUUGUCCACUUACUACCUUUCACCUACAGUUAAAUACCUAGGCCUUGGCUCUAUUACACAGAUACUCAUUGCUAUGGGAUGUUUGAUCUUAUGGAAAAGGGGUCCAAAAUAGACAAGGGAGAAAUUUGUUUUGUUUCAAUUAACCUAAUUCAUACAGGAGUACCGUAUUAUUUUGUGAUAGUAGUAUAUUGUGUCAGUAAUACUGCUAGUGUAGCCUAGCAGUAUUACUGACAAUAUAUGGGAGCUCCAGGUGAUAGCUUUAGAGAACAACUGUUUCUACUAUGUCAGUUGAUAUGUUGAUACUGAACUUGUGCUCUGUUAGUGUUACUAAUAUGACAACCUAAGGACGUACGUUUCUGGGGCAAAUGUAUUGUACACAUUGUAGGCAGGCCAGUGUAUAACAAAUACAACAUGGCGUAAGACUAGUUGUUGCUUUUCUAGAAUGUUGGAUUGUAGCCAAUGAAGUUGGUUGCAAGCCAAAAGCAAUAAUACUGUAUAAUUGAGCCAGUUAUGACUAUGGGUAAUCAUUUCCUGGGCUGUUAAGACUUGCAUAUUGUAUUUAGCUGAAUGCUUUAUGGUAAAUCUAUUACAAUCCAGGGCCCAAGCAUCCACCAUUAACAUAAGUUUUGUUGUAUUAUUACUGUUAAUAUAUUAUGUGCAUGAAAAUUAUUUGUUUCAGUGCAGUUAAAAUCUGAAGGGCAUUCCUAUAAGUUAAUGGAUUAUUUGAUUAAUACUUAUUUAUCAUCUGAUCUUAUAAUAUGAUACGUUAGUCGCGUGAUUGUUUAUGAGACAUAUUGGUCAUAUGAUUGAUAAGUCACAUGUUUGCAUAAUGUGGUAUGUUGACCACAUUAUUGCAUCUUUGCUAAACUGGUCACGUGAUUGCAUUAUGUGGCAUAUUGUUGCAUGAUUUCUGUAUUUCUGUAUGUGAUAUUGAUCAAAAAUAUUAUGUUACAGGGUAUUGUCACAUGGUGACUAUAUGGAAUUAUCACAUUGUUGCUCUAAAUAUUGGUCUUACAACUCUUAUUUUUCUUCUAUAUUUACUAGGCUGUAAAAUUACAUACUGUAUUAUGAUUUUUUUCAACUAUUUAUUAUGUUACAAUAUAUUUGCAUGGGUUGUUGCUGCUAAAUGCCUUCAAACAUUGGAUUGGCCUCACAUACCUGAACAAAAUGGGGUUGUUCCAGGGACUUGCCUUUCUAGGUCAGUGCUAUGUGGCUGAGGUUCACAACAAUAUGCUUGCUGAAGAUUUGGAACACAACAUGCUGAAAAUGCAGUGGGUUUUUCCAAGAAAAUGACUAGUUAUAAUCUACAUGUGUAUUUAGAUAUCUGUCGCUUCAAAUACUCAUGUUUUUAUUGCUACACACUGACUAUUUAUUCUAUAUACAAACAGUAGUUAUUUUACAUAAUUUAUCUCCAGGUCCGAUGAAAAAAGGGGCCCAGUCGGCCCAAUUCCCCCUUUGAAAAUUUAAGUGAAAAUUACAUUAAAAUUCAUAGUACGAGAGUGCCAUUUCUAGCCAUGGUGGGUUUUACAUUGUGUGGACCCUCAGUCUGUAAUAUCUGAAUAUUCUACAUAUCCUACUAAACAAUUGAAACGGUAAUUUAGAUUUAUAGGUUGGUUUAUUUAUAUGCAUGUCUUGAACCUCUUGCUAAGAUUUGGAAUUCAGGAUUAUACAUUUGCAUUUUAUUAACAGUAUUAUUGGCUCACCCAACCUGUGUUGUAAGAUAUAUGCAUAAAUUUAUAAGCCUGCAACGUUGCAGGUUAAAUAUAGAUGUACACGGUAUAUUAUGAUUUUUUUCCCCCCACAUCAUGCAUUGAUGUAUGUCCCCAAAUAUAUGGUAUGUGGCCCAGGCACAGUGAAAAUUGUAAGUUGGGGUUGGUCAGAUGUCAUUUUUGGCCAUAUUGAAU